GGUUUUUAAAGAAGCUUUUAAUUCUUUAUUAGCCUUGGGUCCUUUAAGAGGCUUGAGACCAGAGGCGAAGACGUGCGAAGGCGGGAGGGCGGUGACGUCUCCUGACUCCGCCCCCUCGCCUGAUAGCCGCCAUGUUUAGUUGUUACUUCUUCACACAAGAUGGCGGCUCCCAGGGAGGAGGCAUGAUCGCCCUGCCGUUACCGCUUCUUCUGCCGUACAAUUGUCACUUCGGGUCUUAACUCCUGCUCUUUCGAGUGGCUCCUGUGGGAAGGAGUCUUAAGGAGGGAAGUGAGGAUUGGAUGCUGCCUUGCCUUUGGUUUGCUGUGGAAGAACUGUCCAGGAAGAAGAGAAUAGGGGGGGGGAAGAGAAGCUAGUCUCAAGAUGGCGGCUCCCAGGGCGGUCGGCACAGCCUGAAUAGCAGAGGCGGACUCAAGGGAAAGGUGCUAAACCUCACGAGCCGUACGGCUCGGGGCCCCGAGAAGCAACCGGGAGUUCGAGCCCGUUCCGCCAGCCUCUGACACGCCAUUAUUAUUUAGAAACGUUGGGGUUCUGCGAUCGGUGGCUGUACUAAGUGCUGGGUGGGGAAGCAGGACGGUCUCAAGAUGGCGGCUUCCACAAUUGUGGUCUGACUGCCCGCAGAGCUGAGACAACCGCGGCAUUUGUGGCUCUUUUCCACCCGCCCCGGAAGCCAGCCAGUGCUGGGGACGGGGUGGGGGGGGUGUGGGAACCGGGCCGGGGCUCCGCCAUUUCCGGCGGGGGAGGGCUACGACUGAGGAAGGGAGGAGAGAGAGGCGGCUCAAGAUGGCGGCUCCCAGAGCCUCCUGCUCGAGCUUCUAAGCGGGAACACACGGGCAAAUAGUUAGAGCGACGGCGCUCAGUGGCCUCCAGCUUCUCGGGAAUAGGUGCUCUGCAGUUUUGAGAAGCUUUUAAGGAUACGAGCCGAGUGAGAAGGGGGGGGAAAGAGCCAAAGGAAGGAGGAUAGUUAAGAUGGCGGCCUCCAUGGAGUCGUCCACCGCUGUGUAAGGAGCCGCUUCUUCUUGAGAGCUGCCUUAGACGAAAGGGGGUGUGUGAAGAAUUAAGGUUAUCCCUCCUGUUCAGUGACUUCUUCCCACUGCAUCCUUAACCGGAACUAUGGCUUCGGCUGUGUCCCCCGCUAACUUGCCAGCGGUGCUUCUGCAGCCCCGCUGGAAACGGGUGGUGGGCUGGUCGGGUCCUGUGCCCCGACCCCGCCACGGCCACCGUGCAGUGGCUAUCAAGGAGCUUAUAGUAGUGUUCGGUGGCGGCAACGAGGGGAUAGUGGACGAACUACACGUGUACAACACUGCGACCAACCAGUGGUUCAUCCCAGCUGUCAGAGGGGAUAUCCCUCCAGGGUGUGCAGCCUAUGGCUUUGUGUGUGAUGGAACUCGCCUACUGGUGUUUGGUGGAAUGGUAGAGUAUGGAAAAUACAGCAACGACCUCUAUGAACUCCAGGCAAGUCGCUGGGAAUGGAAGAGACUGAAGGCAAAGACACCCAAAAAUGGGCCUCCUCCAUGUCCUAGGCUUGGACAUAGCUUCUCCCUUGUGGGCAACAAAUGUUACCUGUUUGGGGGUUUGGCUAAUGAUAGUGAGGACCCCAAGAACAACAUUCCGAGGUACCUGAAUGACUUAUAUAUUCUCGAACUACGGCCAGGCUCUGGAGUGGUAGCUUGGGACAUCCCCAUCACUUACGGUGUCCUGCCUCCACCCCGGGAGUCACAUACUGCUGUGGUCUACACUGAAAAAGAUAACAAGAAAUCCAAGCUGGUGAUCUAUGGAGGAAUGAGUGGCUGCAGGCUAGGGGAUCUUUGGACCCUGGAUAUUGAGACACUGACAUGGAAUAAGCCCAGCCUUAGUGGGGUGGCACCCCUUCCUCGCAGCCUCCACUCUGCAACCACCAUAGGAAACAAAAUGUAUGUAUUUGGUGGCUGGGUGCCCCUUGUCAUGGACGAUGUCAAAGUGGCUACACACGAGAAGGAGUGGAAGUGUACCAACACACUGGCUUGUCUCAACCUGGAUACCAUGGCCUGGGAAACUAUCCUGAUGGAUACACUGGAGGACAACAUUCCUCGAGCUCGAGCAGGCCACUGUGCUGUUGCCAUCAAUACUCGUCUGUACAUUUGGAGUGGCCGUGAUGGCUACCGCAAGGCUUGGAACAACCAGGUCUGCUGCAAGGAUUUGUGGUAUCUGGAGACAGAAAAGCCACCACCCCCAGCCCGAGUACAGCUAGUACGAGCCAACACCAACUCACUGGAGGUUAGCUGGGGUGCAGUAGCAACAGCCGACAGUUACCUUCUACAACUCCAGAAAUAUGACAUUCCUGCCACAGCUGCUACGGCUACCUCCCCUACUCCCAAUCCAGUCCCAUCUGUGCCUGCCAACCCUCCCAAGAGCCCUGCGCCAGCAGCAGCUGCACCUGCUGUACAGCCACUAACCCAAGUAGGCAUCACACUUGUGCCCCAGGCUGCCACUGCACCCCCAAGCACAACCACCAUCCAGGUCUUGCCUACAGUGCCAGGCAGCUCCAUUUCUGUGCCCACUGCAGCCAGGACUCAAGGUGUCCCUGCUGUUCUCAAAGUGACUGGUCCUCAAGCUACAACAGGAACACCACUGGUUACCAUGAGACCUGCAAGCCAGGCUGGGAAAGCUCCUGUCACUGUAACUUCCCUGCCUGCCAGUGUGCGAAUGGUUGUACCCACACAGAGUGCCCAGGGGACGGUGAUUGGCAGCAACCCACAGAUGAGUGGGAUGGCUGCAUUGGCUGCUGCUGCUGCUGCCACACAGAAAAUCCCUCCUUCCUCAGCACCCACAGUGCUAAGUGUCCCAGCAGGCACCACCAUUGUCAAGACAGUGGCUGUGACACCUGGCACAACCACUCUUCCAGCCACUGUGAAGGUGGCCUCCUCCCCUGUCAUGGUGAGCAACCCAGCCACUCGAAUGCUAAAGACUGCAGCUGCCCAAGUAGGGACAUCUGUGUCCUCUGCUGCCAACACAUCUACCCGCCCUAUCAUCACAGUACACAAAUCGGGGACUGUAACAGUGGCCCAGCAAGCCCAGGUGGUGACCACAGUGGUAGGCGGAGUCACCAAGACCAUCACCCUAGUGAAGAGUCCCAUCUCUGUCCCAGGAGGCAGUGCUCUGAUUUCCAAUCUGGGAAAAGUGAUGUCAGUGGUCCAGACCAAACCAGUUCAGACUUCAGCAGUGACAGGCCAAGCAUCUACAGGCCCUGUGACUCAGAUCAUCCAGACCAAAGGACCCCUGCCAGCAGGAACUAUCCUGAAGCUGGUGACAUCAGCAGAUGGCAAGCCCACAACCAUCAUCACCACCACACAGGCUAGUGGGGCAGGGACCAAGCCCACUAUCCUGGGCAUCAGUAGUGUCUCUCCCAGCACCACGAAACCUGGCACAACUACCAUCAUUAAGACCAUUCCCAUGUCGGCCAUUAUCACCCAGGCAGGCGCCACAGGUGUUACCAGCAGUCCUGGCAUUAAGUCCCCCAUCACAAUUAUCACCACCAAAGUGAUGACUUCAGGAACAGGAGCACCUGCCAAAAUAAUCACUGCUGUCCCCAAGAUUGCUACUGGCCAUGGGCAACAAGGAGUGACCCAGGUGGUGCUAAAGGGGGCCCCUGGACAGCCAGGCACCAUCCUCCGCACUGUGCCCAUGAGUGGCGUCCGCCUGGUCACCCCUGUCACCGUCUCCGCUGUCAAGCCAGCUGUCACCACAUUGGUUGUGAAGGGCACCACAGGUGUUACAACACUAGGCACAGUGACAGGCACUGUCUCCACCAGCCUUGCCGGAGCUGGGGCACAUAGCACCAGUGCUUCCUUGGCUACACCUAUCACUACCUUGGGCACCAUUGCUACGCUCUCAAGCCAGGUGAUCAACCCUACUGCUAUCACAGUGUCAGCUGCACAGACUACACUAACAGCUGCUGGUGGGCUCACCACACCCACAAUCACAAUGCAGCCUGUCUCCCAGCCUACCCAGGUAACUCUGAUCACAGCACCCAGCGGGGUUGAGGCCCAGCCUGUACAUGACCUUCCAGUGUCCAUUUUGGCCUCACCUACUACAGAGCAGCCCACAGCAACAGUUACCAUCGCUGACUCAGGCCAGGGUGAUGUACAGCCCGGCACUGUGACACUGGUGUGUUCCAACCCACCCUGUGAAACUCAUGAAACAGGCACCACCAACACAGCUACCACCACUGUUGUGGCUAACCUUGGGGGACAUCCUCAGCCUACCCAGGUGCAGUUUGUUUGUGACAGACAAGAGGCAGCUGCUUCACUUGUGACCUCAGCUGUGGGACAACAGAAUGGUAAUGUGGUCCGUGUCUGUUCAAACCCCCCCUGUGAGACUCAUGAGACAGGCACCACCAACACUGCUACAACAGCCACCUCCAACAUGGCUGGGCAGCAUGGCUGCUCGAACCCCCCCUGCGAGACUCAUGAGACAGGCACCACCAGCACUGCCACUACAGCUAUGUCCAGCAUGGGCACUGGGCAGCAGCGAGACACUCGUCGUGCCACUAACACCCCCACUGUAGUGCGGAUCACUGUGGCUCCUGGGGCAUUGGAGAGAGCCCUGGGUACUGUGAAGCCUCAGUGCCAAACUCAGCAGACCAACAUGACCAGCACGACCAUGACUGUGCAGGCCACUGGAGCUCCAUGCUCAGCUGGCCCACUGCUCAGGCCAAGUGUGGCACUGGAGGCUGGGAGCCACAGCCCUGCCUUUGUGCAGCUAGCCCUUCCAAGUGUCAGAGUUGGGCUAAGUGGCCCCAGCAGCAAGGACAUGCCCACAGGGCGCCAACCAGAGACAUAUCAUACUUACACAACCAAUACCCCAACCACAGCCCGAUCUAUCAUGGUUGCUGGGGAGCUUGGUGCAGCUCGGGUGGUCCCCACAUCUACAUAUGAGAGCCUCCAGGCAAGCUCUCCUAGCAGUACCAUGACUAUGACAGCCCUUGAGGCACUGCUGUGCCCUUCGGCUUCUGUGACCCAAGUCUGCUCCAACCCACCAUGUGAGACCCAUGAGACAGGUACCACCAACACCGCCACUACCUCCAAUGCAGGCAGUGCUCAUCGAGUAUGCUCCAACCCGCCUUGUGAGACUCAUGAGACGGGCACCACACACACAGCUACCACUGCCACAUCAAAUGGAGGUACAGGCCAGCCUGAGGGUGGACAACAGCCUGCCAGUGGGCAUCCCUGCGAGACACACCAGACAACUUCCACUGGCACCACUAUGUCAGUCAGUGUUGGUGCCCUGAUUCCUGAUGCCACUCCUUCUCAUGGAACCCUGGAGUCUGGCUUAGAGGUGGUAGCAGUGCCCACUGUCACCUCCCAGGCUGGUGCCACAUUGCUGGCUUCUUUCCCAACACAGAGGGUAUGCUCCAACCCUCCUUGUGAGACCCACGAGACAGGUACCACGCACACAGCCACCACUGUCACCUCUAACAUGAGCUCAAACCAAGACCCUCCACCAGCUGCCAGUGACCAAGGAGAGGUGGCAAGCACCCAAGGUGACAGCGCAAAUAUCACCAGUGCCAGUGCUAUCACUACAACUGUGUCUUCUAGAGCAGUGACCACUGUGACACAGUCUACACCAGUUCCAGGUCCCUCUGUGCCGCCCCCAGAGGAACUCCGGGUCUCACCAGGGCCUCGCCAACAGCUGCCUCCACGGCAACUCCUGCAGUCUGCCUCCACGUCCCUGAUGGGGGAGUCCGCUGAGGUCCUGUCAGCCUCCCAGACCCCUGAGCUCCAGGCCGCCGUGGAUCUGAGCAGCACUGGAGACCCAGCUUCAGGCCAGGAGCCUACCACCUCUGCAGUUGUGGCCACUGUGGUGGUCCAACCACCCCCACCCACACAGUCUGAAGUAGACCAGUUAUCACUUCCCCAAGAGCUGAUGGCUGAAGCCCAGGCGGGCACCACAACCCUUAUGGUAACAGGGCUCACUCCAGAGGAGCUGGCAGUGACUGCUGCUGCUGAAGCAGCUGCUCAAGCUGCAGCCACUGAAGAAGCCCAAGCCUUAGCCAUCCAGGCUGUGCUCCAGGCGGCACAGCAGGCUGUCAUGGGCACUGGGGAGCCCAUGGAUACAUCUGAAGCAGCAGCAGCAGUGACACAAGCAGAACUGGGUCACCUUUCAGCUGAAGGCCAAGAGGGUCAGGCUACCACCAUACCCAUUGUGCUGACACAGCAGGAGCUUGCAGCCCUGGUGCAGCAGCAGCAGCAGCUCCAGGAGGCUCAAGCUCAAGCACAACAACAGCACCACCUUCCCACUGAGGCUCUGGCCCCAGCUGACAGUCUCAAUGACCCAUCCAUCGAGAGCAACUGCCUCAACGAGUUAGCUAGUGCUGUCCCCAGCACUGUGGCCUUGCUACCCUCAACAGCUACAGAGAGCCUGGCUCCAUCUAACACAUUUGUGGCUCCCCAGCCUGUUGUUGUAGCCAGUCCAGCAAAGAUGCAGGCUGCAGCUACCCUUACUGAAGUGGCCAAUGGCAUCGAGUCCCUGGGUGUGAAACCGGACUUGCCACCCCCACCCAGCAAAGCCCCUGUGAAAAAGGAGAACCAGUGGUUUGAUGUGGGGGUCAUUAAGGGUACCAGUGUAAUGGUAACACACUAUUUUCUGCCACCAGAUGAUGCUGUUCAGUCAGAUGAUGACUCAGGCACGGUCCCAGACUAUAACCAGCUAAAGAAGCAGGAACUGCAGCCAGGCACGGCUUAUAAAUUUCGAGUUGCUGGAAUCAAUGCUUGUGGCCGGGGGCCCUUCAGUGAGAUUUCAGCCUUUAAGACUUGUCUUCCUGGUUUCCCAGGGGCUCCUUGUGCUAUUAAAAUCAGCAAGAGCCCAGAUGGUGCUCACCUCACCUGGGAGCCACCAUCUGUGACCUCCGGCAAGAUCAUCGAGUACUCUGUGUACCUGGCCAUCCAGAGCUCACAGGCCAGUGGUGAGCCCAAGAGCUCUACCCCAGCCCAGCUGGCCUUCAUGCGAGUGUACUGUGGGCCUAGUCCUUCCUGCCUAGUGCAGUCUUCCAGCCUCUCCAACGCCCACAUUGACUAUACUACAAAGCCUGCCAUCAUCUUCCGCAUUGCUGCCCGCAAUGAAAAGGGCUACGGCCCCGCCACACAAGUGAGGUGGUUGCAAGAAACCAGUAAAGACAGCUCUGGCACCAAACCAGCCAGCAAGCGGCCCAUGUCGUCUCCAGAAAUGAAAUCUGCUCCAAAGAAGUCUAAGGCUGAUGGUCAGUGAGGAAGCUGGCCAGCAUCUGGAUCCUCCAGACCCCUCUGCUUCAGGAAUGCCCUAUAGGGCCCACCUUCCCGCUCUGCCCACCUGGCCUUUGCACUUCACCCUCACCAGCUACUGGCCACCAUUCAGUCUCCCCGUUUCCCUCUGUUUUUACAAUAAAGAAAGCACAUUUUACCAUUGCUGUUGGGAGGAAGCAGAAGGCAGAUUGGAAAGAAUGGCGAGUAAGUGCAAGUUGUGCUCCUUCCUUUUCCCUACUUGGUGCCCUUCCUGGGUUAAGUAUGACUGGACAGUUCAGAGACUUUGGGAAGAAAAAUUAAAAACUGAAAACAAGGGAGAUAGAACUCAUACUUAAGCCUGUACUUGUUUAUAGUUCAUCACCUUUGGCCUGAGAUGCAGCCAAGGGCUGGAGGGGGAAGGGCAUCCCCCAGUUUCCCUCAGAGGCUUUUCCCGGCAGGUAUCCCAUCUUGGGUGUCUGUCUGGUUUUAUUUUGUUUUGUUACUUACUAUCCUUGUAUUUCCAGCCACCUCUCAUCCCUUCUUCAAGCUUAGCCAGACCCUAUCUCGCCCAGCAAAGUCACAGAAAGCUUAAUGUAUCUCAGAGGCCUUUGAGUUCCCACUCAAUACUUCUCCCUCUUUACAAAAGAGAGGGGUAGGGGAGCCUUGGUUGGUCUGAGCAGUGGCUGUGAAAUCCUCCCAAUGGGCACAGAAUGGCCCCCAGUAACCCUGGCUUUGGCCUACCUUUUUGAGCCUGGGGGCCACAUCACCAACUGCUGCAUUUGUUGUAUUUUUUAGGUUGAAAUUAAUGAAGUUAACAUUUUUAUUGUAAUUUUAGCCUUAGCGUGUGGGGGUUUAUCCCUUUUUUUUUUGUUAGCUGUGUACAGAAUGUGUAUCCUAUCUUCUUCCCCCCACCCCCACCCCUUUGGCUAAUCAUUGGCAGGAGUCUUCCUGGGGAAAAGCUAAAAAAGCAGCUAAGGCAGAAGAGAAACAGUGUCCUGAGUGAGACUUGUACUGCCCUGAUAUCGUGUUGCUAGCCCCGCCUGUUUCUCGAACAGUGUGAGACAGUUAAACUUCAUUCCCUAUGGGUUAGCACUUAUAUAGAGGCUUGGGCUUGAAGGUGAUGUCCACCUUAAUCAGCAUCACUGCAGAGACUGACCCUAAACAACACAGCAGGGGCAGGGAACCGGUGGGACUUGACCCCCUUGAAGGCAGCCCAGGAUGGGGGGGUGAGGUAUGUCAUAUCCCACAGAGGCUAUGGGUAGGUACCAGAUACCAACUCAGUAAUUAAUUUUGUAGCAUUGUCCCCAAGCUCUGGAUUUUUUUUUCUCUCUCCAGGACCCAAGUUUAGGCAGUAAGUAAUGCUUGCAAGCAAGUUACUGAAAGAUUUAAAAAUGGACAGCCAAUGUGUUCAGCCGCUCUGGCCCAUACCCCCUGGGGCCUCUAGUGUAUUGUAUUAUAUUUCUCUGUGGAAAGUCAUGUUUAGUCAAAUUGGAACCCACUUACCUGUUCCUUUUGUUUUCCCCAUCCCUUCUCCUGAGCACCUUUUGAUUUCUGAGGACAGUACUACCCAUUCAUCUAAUGUAGAGUAACCCUUGUGACUCAAUAUUACCAUAGUGCGAUGUUGUUUUGUGCUAUUUUGAACAAUUAAAAAGACUUUUUUUGAAAUAACCA